UGUAUGAAAACCUCAAAAGCUAAGAGUAAUUAAUGGCCAUGAUUUUUUCUGGCAAGAAUGAGAGAAUGGCAGACCAAGUAGAAGGAGCCAAGUGUAGCAGAAGAUUACCAAUCAUGGACGAAGGAGGAGGAGGAGAAGAACAAGGCUUAAUCUUGACCACCCACCCUAUUAGUAGUAGUAACACCAUCACUAUCUUCUCCAAUUUUACAUCUCAAUACACCCACCGUAACCCGCUUACGUCAUCGCGACGUUGCUGGAAAAUUACACUUCACUGUGGACUUUUUAUUGGUUUCACAACUUGGUAAAUAGAUGUAUCAAGGUGAUGUCGAGCACACGCAACAUAAAGUGGAGCAACCACCUCCGACGUCUGCAGGUGGGGCCCAGGAAUCGAUCAUUACAGUUGGACAAGAGGAACAAGUUGAACAACCCCAAUUAGAAAGGAAAAAAAGGAAGUUGGCGCCAAAGUUCCUUUUGGUGGAUAUUUCCAGAAAUCUACUGUUGGCAUACCAGAGUCUUGGGGUGGUGUACGGAGAUUUGAGCACUUCACCACUUUAUGUCUAUAAGAGUAUAUUCGUGGGGAAGUUGCACGAUUAUCAGACUCCAGAAACAAUAUUUGGUGCAUUUUCGUUGGUCUUCUGGACAAUAACUCUUAUUCCUUUGAUCAAAUAUGUACUUAUUGUACUGAGUGCUGAUGAUAAUGGCGAAGGUGGUACAUUUGCUCUUUACUCUCUACUCUGUAGACAUGCAAAAUUCAGUCUACUUUCCAACCAACAAACAGCUGAUGAGGAGCUAUCUGCUUACAGAUAUGGCUUUGCUGGGCAGUCCACAUCGUGUUCAGCGUUAAAGAGAUUUCUUGAGAAACACAAGAAGUCGCGUACUGUUUUACUCAUUAUUGUAUUGUUGGGGGCUUGCAUGGUCAUUGGUGAUGGUAUUAUAACGCCUGCAAUGUCAGUUAUAUCGGCCAUGUCAGGAAUCAAGGCUGCUGCAGAACACCUAUCUCACGGUGAAGUGCUGGAGCUUUCUUGCCUGAUAUUGGUUGGUCUGUUUGCUCUACAGCAUUCUGGGACCCAUAGGGUUGGCUUUUUGUUUGCACCGAUAGUAAUCAUUUGGUUGAUAUCGAUUUUUGCGAUUGGGCUCUACAACAUUAUAAUUUGGAAUCCCAAGAUUGUGCAUGCUCUUUCUCCCUAUUAUAUCAUCAAGUUUUUUAGGGAAACAAGAAAACAAGGAUGGUUUUCUCUUGGUGGUGUCCUCCUAUCUGUUGCAGGUACGGAAGCUAUGUUUGCAGAUCUUGGUCACUUCACUUCCUGCUCAAUGAGGAUUGCCUUUUCAUUUCUUGUAUAUCCUUGCUUGGUGGUACAGUAUAUGGGUCAGGCUGCUUUCCUGUCCAAAAAUCUUGCUUCUAUUCCAGACAGCUUUUAUAAUUCAAUACCUGAUAAUGUAUAUUGGCCUAUUUUUGUCAUUGCUACCCUUGCAAGCAUUGUUGCCAGUCAGUCCAUCAUCACAGCUACUUUCUCCAUAGUCAAGCAAUUGAAUGCACUAGGUUGCUUCCCCCGAGUUAAGAUUGUCCACACCUCAAAGCAUGUUAAAGGGCAAAUCUAUAUUGCAGAAAUAAAUUGGAUCCUUAUGAUUCUUACACUUUCCGUGGCUGUUGGGUUCCAGGACACAAUUUUAAUGGGAAAUGCAUAUGGCCUAGCUUGCAUGACUAGUAUGUUUAUCACAACGUUUCUCACCACACUGGUCAUGAUUUUUGUGUGGCAAAGAAACAUAGUUCUUGCCACUUGCUUUCUCCUGUUCUUCUGGUUCAUUGAAGGUGUGUACCUGUCUUCCGCAUUCACUAAAGUUCCAGAGGGAGGCUGGGUCUCCCUAGUGCUGGCUUUUGUUUUCCUAGCAGUCAUGUUUGUCUGGCAAUAUGGAACUCGCAAGAAGUACAAAUUUGAUCUGCAGAACAAAGUUCCGUUAAAAUGGCUCCUUGGGAUGGGCCCCAGCCUUGGUAUUGUGCGCGUCCCAGGGGUAGGCCUCGUAUACUCAGAAUUGGCAACAGGGGUCCCAGCUAUCUUCUCUCACUUCCUCACGAAUCUCCCUGCAUUUCACAGUGUGUUGGUGUUUUUAUGCGUCAAAUCUGUUCCAGUACCCUAUGUCUCACCUGAGGAACGCUUCCUCAUUGGUCGCAUUUGUCCAAGACCGUAUCGCAUGUAUCGUUGCAUUGUUAGGUAUGGCUACAAGGACAUACAGAGAGAUGAUGGGGACUUCGAGGACCUUCUCAUCCAAAGUAUAGCAGAGUUUAUCCAAAUGGAAGCUGUGGAACCACAGUUAUCAAGCUCUGAGACUCCAUCACUUGAUGGGAGGAUGGCAGUUAUAAGCAAAAAAAGCAUACAGUCGACUCCAACACUAAUUGUCUCAGAGGAUUUUGGAAUGAGGGACUCCAUUCAAAGCAGCAAGUCUCUGACUCUCCAGAGUCUAAGAUCUGCUUAUGCUGAUGAGAACCCACAAAUAAGGAGGCGGCGAGUGAGGUUUCAAUUGCCAGAAAACCCUGGCAUGGAUCCAGCUGUUAAGGAUGAGCUUGAAGAUUUAAUUCGAGCAAAGGAGGCAGGGGUUGCAUAUAUAAUGGGGCACUCCUACGUGAAAGCUAGGAGAUCGUCCUCUUUCUUAAAGAAGUUUGCUAUUGACAUUGGGUAUUCAUUUCUGCGCAAGAACUGUAGGGGUCCUUCCGUGGUGCUUAACAUUCCUCAGAUUAGUCUUAUUGAAGUUGGCAUGAUAUACCAUGUCUAGAGGUAAAAUAACCUGGCAUUGGAAUUUAGCAUGCCUUUUGUCUGUUGCCUGCAGAAUGUUUAGGCUUAGUAGAUGAUUGGUAGUCCUAACAUCAAAUGCGAUAUCUGAUAGCAAAUGUUGAGGAGAAUCUGGAUAGAUGAUGUUGGUAGUCUUAUGAAAUCAAAUGUGAAAUGUCAGAAUAGAGGAGCUGAUUUAGUUUUUUAUGUUCUACACCUUCUAUAAUUGUAUUCAUAUAGAGGAUUUCUUACUUUUUAAUAUCUUAGCUUGCUGGGAAUACAUAAACAUGCACAUUUUCCUUUACUCCUUUUCAGAGCAUUGUACUUGAGAGUUUUGCAUUUCCCAAACUAUCAAUAUACCUAUUCCCAUUGGAACCCUAA